GUCGGUGGGGCCCGGCCGCUCUCGCCCACCGCCGCCAGUCAGCCGCAGCCUGCCCCAUGGCGCACUCGCUGCUACCUGUCCUGCUGCUGCUGCCUCUGCUGGCCGCCGCGCAAUCCGAUGGUGACGACUGCUUGUUUGUUGAUGGGCGAGAUGGCACUUGCAAGCCACUGCCACGCUGCACAGAGCUAUUUCAGCUGCUGCAGGCAUCACCCUCACGACAGACCAUAGAACUGCUUUCACGCUCGAACUGUGGAUACCAGGGCAAGGUUCCAGUAGUCUGCUGCCCACAGCAAAAAAUCCAACCAAGUGGCUUUUCUUCCACUGAUGGUCUUCCUGCUCCUAUCUCAGAGCAGCCCAACGAUGUGAGUCUACAUCCAAGAGUGGGUCUUUUACCAUUCAGUGAAUGUGGGCAUGCAGAGAGUGAUCGAAUUAUAGGUGGAAAUGAAACAGGAUUAUUUGAAUUCCCAUGGAUGGCUCUCUUAGGCUACAAGACACGUGAUAAUAAGUUUUAUGGAUUCCGUUGUGGAGGAUCACUUAUUAAUGGGAAGUACGUCUUAACUGCUGCCCAUUGCAUACCAAAUCCACAUGACCCUUCUGGAUUAAAACUAUCCACGAUAAGACUGGGAGAGCAUGACCUCAGAAGCCCAAGAGACUGUGAAGACAAUGGGCUAGUUUGUGCACCAGAACCACAGGACUUUGAAAUUGAAUAUGCAAUUGCACAUCCAUCAUUCACGAAAGACAAACUUCAAAAUGAUGUUGGUCUUGUGCGUAUUCGAGGAGAAGCUCAAUUCACAGAGACAGUGAAGCCAAUCUGUUUACCAGUUGGAGAAGAGCAACAGUAUAUGAACCCUAACAAGAAGAGGAUGAUUGUUGCUGGCUGGGGAGUUACUGAAACAGGAACCAGCAGUUCAAAGCUUCUCAAAGUGACAGUUCCAGUUGUACCUGUACAAAGAUGUGCUGCAGCAUAUAAAAGAACUAAUGCAGUAAUUAACAUCAAACAGAUAUGUGCAGGAGGCUCUGAAGGGCGUGAUUCAUGUGCUGGAGACAGUGGAGGGCCUUUAAUGAUAAAUGAAAACAGUAACAAGGGUCCAGUGAUGGUGCAGUAUGGAAUAGUUUCAUUUGGCCCAAAGAAGUGUGCAUCUGAGGGCUAUCCAGGAGUGUACACAAGAGUGGCAUAUUACAUGGAUUGGGUACUUGACAAUAUGCAGCCGUGAAACUACAUUUUGUUUUCAUAAUGAAAACGAAGACCACAAUUGUGAUACCUGUUGUAUAUAUGGUACUGUUUCAAUAGCAAUGACUGUUUUUAUUUAUUUUUGGCUGUAUUGUGUGAUCUUUGUCAUGCUAUAGAGAUCAUUUACCAAGAUCUAGUGAAAUAUUUUCAGAGUGUAUAUUCUGUAUAUAUGGUAAUUAUGCACCUCUAACGAGGUGCUACGAGGUGCGGCUAGAAAAAAACCGGACUGAUGCUGGAAAAACAUUUAUUUACAAUUAUUUACAAUUUCAUGUGAUCUCCUUCAAUCUACUCUCCUCCUCAGUCUCUACACUGCUCCAUACGAAUUUUCCACUGUUCAUUGCAAUGCUGCAGAUCAUUUUCGGUAAGUCCAUACAUUACUUCCGUCGCUUUUUCUUUUACUGCUUCAACAGUCUCAAAUCUAGUUCCUUUCAAAGCUGACUUGACUUUAGGGAAAAGAAAAAAGUCACAGGGGGCCAAAUCAGGUGAGUAGGGUGGAUGAUCUAAGAUGGGAAUGUUGUGUUUUGCCAAAAACGUCUUCACUGACAACACACUGUGAGCUGGGGCAUUGUCUUGGUGAAGGAUCCAUGACUUUUUUUCUCCACAAAUCAUUCCGUUUUCUCCGUACUCGCUCGCGUAGGGUAGCCAGGACGCUAAUGUAGUAAUGCUGAUUCACUGUUUGUCCCUCUGGUACCCAAUCAAUGUGCACAAUCCCUUUGAUGUCA